AUGAAAAGGUUAAACAGGAAGAGGGAGAGGAGACAUCCCAAGCCCACUGAUGUCAUGAACAAUCAUAAACAACUGUUCUCUCUCUCUGUCCCACCCUUCCUCCCUGCCACCUUCCCUCCCUGCCACCCUCCCUGCCUCCCUCCCUCCCUCCAUCCCUCCCUCCCACCCUCCGUCGCUCCCUCCCUCCCUCCCUCCCUCCCUCCCUCCCUCCCUCCCUCCCUCCCUCCCUCCCACCCUCCCUCCCUCCCUCCCUCCCUCCCUCCCUCCCUCCCUCCCUCCCUCCCUCCCUCCCUCCCUCCCAUUCAAAGCAUGAACGAGGAACACAGUAAAUGGGUUUUAAGAGCUGACACAGAGACGAAGACGGCUAUUAUAAAAGUUAUGACACGUUUAAAUGGGAAAAGGGAACAAACAGGCAGAAAGCAAAGGUUUGACAGUGGCUACGCUUCCUCCGCAGGUUCCAGAGCUCUGUCUGAGAUCGAAAAUGUGACCAAGGAACUUACAUUGAAGCUGAGAAAUACAUACAGUUUAAACGUCGUUGGCAAUGCAAUUCGAAACAAGUGCAGAAGCGUGUUGAAAAAAUGUCCCACCCUUCCUCCCUGCCACCUUCCCUCCCUGCCACCCUCCCUGCCUCCUCCCUCCCUCCAUCCCUCCCUCCCACCUUCCGUCGCUCCCUCCCUCCCUCCCUCCUCC